UCAGGGCUCAGGGUCUGACACACACUGACGUACUCGACCACCUGCUUGAAGCUCCAACGCCAUCGCCAUGCAGCUGCAACAGACUCUCCUGCUCCCUACUCUGGCCGUCCUCCUGAUCAGCCUGGCUCUCUCCACAGCACUCCCUGAUGACGAGGACCGCUACCAGCCAGUCGCGUUGGACCAGAUGGUGUCGGUGGGCAGGACCGUGAUCCUGACCUGCACGGUGACCGAGACGGACAACUACUCCCUCUCAUGGAGAAACAAGGCACAGCAGACGAUGUACUUUGGAGACAAGAAAGCUCUGAGAGACAGCCGUAUCCAGCUCCACAAUUCGACGCCCACUGAGCUCUCCAUCUCCAUCUCGGACGUCCAGCUGUCUGACGAGGGAGAGUACACAUGCUCCAUCUUCACCACGCCGGUACGGAUGGCCCGCGCCACACUCACCGUACUGGGUGUCCCUGGUAAACCCGUUAUCUCGGGCUACCAGGAGCAGGUUCAGGAGGGUGCUAGCGUGACGCUAAAGUGCACCAGCUCCGGUAGCAAGCCUCCCGCUAAGCUGCGCUGGUAUCGCGGAGACCAGGAACUCAUUGGUCGUCCGGACAUUGUGGAGUCGGAUCCCGGCGCCCCCACCUACACGGUCAUCAGCGAGCUAUUGGUCACCGCCAGUCGUCAGGACAACCAUCAGCCAAUCGUGUGCGAGGUGGAGCACGUCUCCAUCGGAGAGGGAGAGGAGAAGAAACGCACCGAGAGUUACCUGGACGUACUGUACUCUCCGAGUGUGAGGAUUCAACCCUCCAGCGAUCUGCCCAGAGAGGGCGAGAAGUUCCACCUGGAGUGUAUCAGCGAUGGAAACCCAGCGCCCUCGUCCUUCGUCUGGGAGAAGAAAGAUGCUGAUCUCCCUGCGUUAGCGAAGAGCAAUAACAGCUACCUGCGCUUCGAGGCGCUCAACAAAUCGGACGCCGGCGUUUAUCUGUGCACAGCCAACAACGACGUGGGGCAAGAACAGAGUCAAUACACACUAUUGGUGCAAGGUGUACAAGGAGGCUGUGAGGUGGGCCUGCCGGCUCAAAAUUUGGAUUUCGAAAAAAAGAAGCAGCAGACGCAGACGGAAACACAAGCCCUCCUCCAAAUUGAGAGGGAGAAGUUGGCGCUUUAUCGGGAGCGACUGGAAAUAGAGAAGGAGAGAUUGGCUUUGGAGAGAGAGAAAUUUGAGUGGGAGAAAAAAAAACAUAGCGAAUUGUAAAUAGGUUAAAUAAUAAAAAAAGAUGCAUUAAUUG